AUGGCUGACCUUUCUGAUGUGGACUGUUCGAAUUUGGAGUUACUCAUGUUGCUGAAUAAAGAUCCAUCUUUCAGAGUCUCGGAAACUUUUUUCAAAGAUAUGUAUAAGCUGAAGGUGUUAAGCGUGACUGGUAUGAGUUUUCCAUAUUCUCUGCCUUCAUCUUUUCGUUCUUUAACAAACCUUCAAACUUUGCGUUUAUGUGAAUGCAAGUUGUCUGAGAUAGCCAUUGUAGAGAAGCUGAAGAAAUUAGAUUUACUCAGCUUUCAUGGUUCCGCCAUCACAAAAUUGCCAAUAGGGAUAGCACAAUUGACCCAACUAAAGUUAUUAGAUUUGAGUGAAUGUUCUCAACUUGAAGUCAUCCCAGAAAAUGUCCUAUCAAAAUUGUAUAGAUUAGAAGAGCUACUUGUUGGCAAUAGCUUUCGAGAAUGGAAUGUUGGAGGUAAUGCUCGACUUGAAGAGUUAAAUAACUUAUCUUCUUUGUCAGCAUUAGAUGUAUCCAUUCCGGAUGCCAGAAUUAUGCCAAAAGAAGACUUGUUCUUGAGAAAGUUGGAAAGAUACAAGAUUGUUAUAGGAGAAGUUCAAGUGCAUUCCAUUUUCUUUACUAAGAGUAAAGCUUCAAAAGCGUUGCAACUUGAGUUAGACAUUGGCAACGACUUAGUUAAAGGGAUGGAAAUGUUGAUAAAGAAUGCUGAGGAGUUACGCGUAGAGGGAUUGAAAGGUGCCAAGGAUAUGUCUUUUGAGUUACUAGAUACGGACGGUUUUCCACAUCUCAAGUAUCUUACUAUUGGAGAGCAAGGGUCCUCGGAGAUUAGUUGGAUCAUUAACUCCAUGUCCAUGAGAUUGGCUCCGCGUAAAGUAUUCCCUGCUUUAGAGACAAUGGUUCUCUAUGGUCUGCGUAAUCUGGAGAAGAUAUGCCAUGGUGAACUCAUCAAAACAGAGUCACUUAGCCACCUAACAACCGUGGCAAUUUACCGUUGCGAUAGACUGAAGAACCUGUUUCCGUUCUCCAUAGCCAGAAAUCUCAACCAACUGCAACAAAUAACUGUACAACAUUGCAAGAACAUCACAGAGAUUGUUGCAGGGGAACGAAAGGAAGGCAAUGACGAGAAUGACACCCUAGAGUUUUGUUGCUUAAGAUCUUUGCAACUAUUCAAUUUGCCAAAUUUCAAAAGCUUUUAUUCCCAGGAGACAACAGCUUACUCUUCAUCCAGCCAUAGUAAUACAGAAUCUAAAGCUAUUCCGCUCUUCAACCUAAAGGUUUCAUGCCCUGCCUUGGAGACGUUGAGAGUGCAGAAAUGUCAUAAGUUGAAGUGUGUGUUUAGUUCAUCUAUAGUUAAAAGCUUUGUUCAACUCGAAGAUCUUGUAGUUUCUGAUUGUGAUGAACUGGAAGAGGUGAUACAAGGAAUAUUAGGAGAAGAAGAAAGGAUUAGCAACUGCAUAAGUCUGUUUCCUAAACUUGACUCCUUGAACCUCAACAAACUUCCCAAACUCGGAAGGUUUUGCAGUGGAAUUGAUAUUUCGAUUGAAUUUACCUCUCUAAGGGAAUUAGAUAUAAGUGACUGUCAUGGUUUGAGCACUUUCCAUUUGAAUAGUACAAAUAUUGUUGGAAAGAGCAGAGGUAACAUCUCACUUGAUCAGCAACAACAUCUCUUCAAUGAAAAGGUUUCAUGUCCUGCCUUGGAGACGUUGACAGUGGCGGGAUGCCAUGAGUCGAAGUGUGUGUUUAGUUCAUCCAUGGUUAAAAGCUUUUUUCAACUCAAAGAACUUGCAGUUUCUAAUUGUGAUGAACUGGAAGAGGUAAUACAAGGAGUAUUAGGAGAAGAAAGGAUUAACAGCUUCAUAAGUUUGUUACCUAAACUCGACUCCUUGGAACUCAGAUAUCUUCCCAAACUCAAAAGGUUUUGCAGUGGAACUGAUAUUUCGAUUGAAUUUACCUCUUUAAGGUAUUUAUUUAUAUGGGACUGUCGUGGUUUGAGCACUUUCCAUUUGAAUAGUACAAAUGUUGUUGGAAAGAGCAACGGUAACAUCUCACUUGAUCAACCACAACAUCUCUUCCAUGAAAAGGUUUCAUGUCCUGCCUUGGAGACGUUGAGAGUGGAGGAAUGCCAUAAGUUGAAGUGUGUGUUUAGUUCAUCUACUGUUAAAAGCUUUGUUCAACUCAAAGAACUUGUAGUUUCUGAUUGUGUUGAAAUGGAAGAGGCAAUACAAGGAAUAUUAGGAGAAGAAGAAAGGAUUAGCAGCUGCAUAAGUCUGUUUCCUAAACUCGAUAAAUUGAAUCUCAUGGAACUUCCCAAACUCAGAAGGUUUUGCAGUGGAACUGAUAUUUCGAUUGAAUUUACCUCUCUAAGGUAUUUAUUUAUAACGAACUGUCGUGGUUUGAGCACUUUCCAUUUGAAUAGUACAAAUGUUGUUGGAAAGAGCAGCGAUAACAUCUCACUUGAUCAGCCACAACAUCUCUUCCAUGAAAAGAUUUCAUGUCCUGUCUUGGAGGAGUUGAACUUGGAGGGAUGUGAUAAGUUGAAGUGUGUGUUUACUUCAUCUACAGUUAAAAGCUUUGUCCAACUCAAAACACUUGAUAUUUUUCGAUGUCGUGAAAUGGAAGAGGUAAUACAAGGUGGGGAUGAUGAUGAUGAUGAAAUCAGUUUCCCCCAACUCAACAUUUUGAAACUUGACUAUCUACCAAAGCUGGAGAGUUUCUGCUCAUCAGGGAAUUAUACCAGUGACAACAUCUCACUUGAUCUGCUACAACAUCUCUUUAAUGACAAGGUGAUGCUUCCUCAGCUAGAGCAAUUAGGUAAUACAAGGUGGGAUGAUGAUGAUGAUGAAAUCAGUUUCCCCCAACUCAACAUUUUGAAACUUGACUAUCUACCAAAGCUGGAGAGUUUCUGCUCAUCAGGGAAUUAUACCAGUGACAACAUCUCACUUGAUCUGCUACAACAUCUCUUUAAUGACAAGAUUUCAUGUCCUGUCUUGGUGGAAUUACGCGUGCUGAGUUGUGAUAAGCUGAAGUGUGUGUUUACUUCAUCUACAGUUAAAAACUUUGUCCAACUCAAAACACUUGAUAUUUUUCGAUGUCGUGAAAUGGAAGGGGUAAUACAAGGUGGGGAUGAUGAUGAUGAUGAAAUCAGUUUCCCCCAACUCAACAUUUUGAAACUUGACUAUCUACCAAAGCUGGAGAGUUUCUGCUCAUCAGGGAAUUAUACAUUUGGGUUCCCAUCCUUACAAACUGUACUUGUGUAUGAAUGCCCAAAGAUGAAGACGUUCUCUCGAGGACAUUCAAACACCCCAAUGUUACAUAAAGUUACACUAAGUGACUGGCUAGAUGAAUGGCGUUGGGAAGGCAGCCUUAAUCACACCAUACAACAGCUCUUCCGAGAAAAGAAUGGCAUGACAGAAGAAUACAACUCUGAAGAAGAUCAAAAUGUAAACGAUCCUUCAUCUUCUAAAACGUAG